AACCUUCAAUUAUACUACAGUAUCUGAUUCAACUAAUGUUCACCCACCUCAAAGCCAUCCCAUUAAGCGACUUGCAUCGGGUCCAGAGCCUCAUUUAGGCCCGGGCAGCUGCGUCGCCAUGUCAACACCACCCGUUACCACUCUUGACACCGGAGGCGAAUUUAUCUUGAAUAGCCGAGAGAGUUAUCCUGUUCUAGUCUCUCCCUCUAUUCCACUGGCUAAAGACCCUGGAUCACCUAUUGCGGCAGAGGGUAGCGCAACCUCGCCAGAGCUGGAUGUGGACGCUACAAUAUCAAAACUCCUGCAGGUUGGACGCUCGCGAAGGAUCCCCCGGCUAUUUUGCCUGGAACCCGCUGAGAUUAGUGCCAUCUGCUUGGCGGCAAGCGACGUUCUUCUCGCCGACCCAAGCUUAUUAGAGAUUUCCGCCCCGGUCAAGAUCGUCGGCGACAUCCACGGCCAGUUCACGGAUCUGAUUCGGAUAUUCGACCUCUGCGGCUUCCCUGAAGAUACACAAUAUCUAUUCCUGGGGAACUAUGUUAGCAAGGGGAGGAACAGUCUUGAAACAAUUCUGUUGCUUCUAUGCUAUAAGCUCAAGUACCCCAAGACGUUCUUUCUCCUGCGUGGGAACCACGAGUGCGCGUCCAUCGCUCGGCUGUCUUCAUUUUACUCCGAGUGUAAAUAUCGCUGCAGAUUAAACGUCUGGAAGACAUUUCGAUCUGUGUUUGACUCCCUGCCCAUUGCCGCAAUCGUGUCUGAGAAGCUCUUCUGUGUGCAUGGCGGACUAUCGCCCUCUCUGACAAAUCUGGAUGGCAUCCGCGCCAUUUCUCGCCCAACAGAUGUAUCUGAUGCCGGGCUGCUGACUGAUCUUCUAUGGAGUGAUCCAGCGGACGUGGAAGUGGACUGGACGGAGAAUGAUCGCGGCGUAAGCUACUAUUUCAACAAAAGUGUUACGCGGAACUUCUUACAGCGGAGCGGCCUUGACAUGAUCUGCCGCGGCCAUAUGGUUGUCGACGAGGGGUACAAGUUUCAUCAUGAUAUGUCGGUAGUAACGAUAUUUUCAGCACCUAAUGUGGGCCUAACAAAACCUCUCGAUGUUGGCUUUUAUGCUUAUGACCAUCUCGUGCAGCACCUCGACGACCUGGACAACAGCGGUGCCAUCAUGGCCGUCGCCGCCGACCUCAGUUAUGGCUUUGAAGUCCUCAAGCCUGUUGAUCCAUACGGUCGUGGGAGAAAAGUACCUCGAGGCAAUCGACCCGGCGAGCCGGAAGGGGAGACUGAGGAGUCUUUUCAUGGACUUCCUCUUGCGCAGGAUUUCUAG